UGCUGCUCUGAGAAUUUAUCCUGAGCAGCCCCUGAUAGACUGCUACUUCUCUACAACUGACGGACAUGAUCAUCUUAGUUUACUUGUUUUUCUUGCUGUGGGAAGAGACCCAUGGAUGGGGAUACAAAAACGGAAUUUUUCAUAACUCCAUAUGGCUUGAACAAGCAGCAGGCGUGUACCACAGAGAAGCACGGUCUGGCAAAUAUAAGCUCACCUAUGCCGAAGCGAAGGCGGUGUGUGAAUUUGAAGGUGGCCACCUCGCCACCUACAAGCAGCUAGAGGCAGCCAGAAAAAUCGGAUUCCAUGUCUGUGCUGCGGGAUGGAUGGCCAAGGGUAGAGUUGGCUACCCCAUUGUGAAGCCAGGGUCCAACUGUGGAUUUGGAAAAACUGGCAUUAUUGAUUAUGGAGUCCGUCUCAAUAGGAGUGAAAGAUGGGAUGCCUACUGCUAUAACCCUCACGCAAAGGAAUGUGGUGGUGUCUUCACAGAUCCAAAGCGAAUUUUUAAAUCUCCAGGCUUCCCAAAUGAGUAUGAUGAUAAUCAAAUCUGCUACUGGCACAUUAGACUCACAUAUGGUCAGCGGAUUCACCUGAGUUUUUUGGACUUUGACCUUGAAGAUGACCCAGCUUGUUUGGCUGACUAUGUUGAAAUAUACGACAGUUAUGAUGAUAUUCAUGGCUUUGUGGGAAGAUACUGUGGAGAUGAGCUUCCAGAAGACAUCAUUAGUACAGGAAAUGUCAUGACUUUGAAGUUUCUAAGUGAUGCUUCAGUGACAGCAGGAGGUUUCCAAAUCAAAUAUGUUGCCAUCGAUCCUGACUCCAAAUCAAAUCAGGGAAAAAAUAUAAGUACUACUGUUACUGGAAAUAAAAACUUUUUAGCUGGAAGAUUUAGCCAUUUGUAAAACAAAAAGGAAUUUCAGAAUAUAAAGUGUUUAUGUUUGAAUCUUUUGGAACCCCUUUCAUCUCAUUUUUAUACUAUUAUCAUCAUUUUUAUUAUUAACAUUUAUUUAUUUUUCUAAAUGUGAAAGCAAUGCCUGAUAAUUUUGGAA